AUGUCGGAAUACGCGCUGGAUAUCGUUAAAACGUCCAAAUAUCUGGAACCCAUGGGCGACCACGAGUUGAUACGUGUCAAACGACACUUCGGACCGAGCGUGGCGCGCGAAGUGCGCCCGACCACGGUCAAAACUUUGGAAGAGUUCGUCGAGCUUUUAGACGAGAACGAUCUGGAGCGCGAGCGGAACAAAAAACUGAAGGAAAAGGAACAAUCUGCGGCGGACAAAGCCAAGGGUACCGCGAACAAUAAACUCGCGGAAAGCGGUAAGAAAGCUUGGUUAAAAAAUACCAACGUUAUCGCGAACAACAAAUUGAAAAACGAUCGCGAACGUGGCGCGAAUCCGACGAAGGAUGACGCGGGUACCGAGUACGCGAAAGACGGCAAGAUAAAUGCGAAAAACGUAAACAAGAACGCGGCGGAAAGCGAGAAGGACAACGACGCGUCGUCGAAAGGGGAGAAAAACGCGUCGCGAAAAAAUUUCUCGGCCCGUUCGAAAGUCGCAGCUGUCAGUGCGGAAACGAACACCGACGAUUCCGAAGAGGAGGAGCGAGACGCGGGAGCGUCCCCAAAAUUGGCGGCGCUGAAGCCAAAAUCCAAGAAGGGGAUAGCGUCGAAUAAACUCAAGCGUGACAGAGUCAACGCUGAGAAAUUCGCUAAGGCGACGUUAAAGGCCGCGAAAGCGAAAACCAACGCGGCGUGUACGGAAAAACCCGGAGCGUCGAGAAUUGACGUCGUGAGCGACGUCAAACCAAAGUCAAUCGCGUUACCGACGAUGGCGGGUAGAGCGAGAAAAUCGUCCGGUAAACCAAAACUAAACGAGCGCGUUGACGAAAGCGCGAAUAUUACGAGCGCGAAUACCGUCGAGAUCUCGAGCGAGUCGAGAAACUCGGCGAAAGAGACGGUCCGGAGGACUGUUUCCGUUCGCGAAUAA